GACCCGGAACCAGCGGAACCAUGGACUGGUAACAGAGAUGCCUCGAAACACGGAAACAACUCCGUGCAAAUGAAUGUUUUCACACGCGAAAUUGAAGGUGAUGAAGAUUGUCUCUAUUUAAAUGUGUACACCACGAAAAUCGAACCUUCGAAGAAGCGUGCGGUAAUGGUGUGGAUCCACGGCGGUGGUUUCUUUUUUGGUUCCGGUGAUAAACUCUUCUACGGUCCCGAUUACAUUGUACCGAAAAAUGUAGUUUUGGUUA